AUGGCUUCUUCUGUUCCAGGACCGGUGUCACUCCCUGCCUCAAGACACGACUUGAACACAUAUUGGGGAAGAGUUAAGCAUUGUGCUGAGAUUUCAGACCCCACAAUGUUACUCAAUAGUUCCAAAGAUAUCGAAGAUGCCCGUAGAAUGGUGUGGGAUUACAAGAAUGGUGUCACCGGGAAGAUGACUCCAGAGUUAUGGCGUGCUAAGAGGGUGUUGGAUUCCGCUAUACAUCCAGAUACUGGUGAAACCGUCAUUCUUCCAUUCCGUAUGAGUUCUUGUGUUUUGUCUAACCUUGUGGUUACUUCUGGUAUGUUAACUCCAAACUUGACUACUGCUGGAACUCUUUUCUGGCAAGUUGCAAACCAGUCAUUGAAUGUGGCCAUUAAUACCGCAAAUGGUAACAAGUCCCACCCAAUGACAACCCAACAGAUUGCAACCAGUUAUUCUAUGGCUGUCACUGCAUCUUGUGGUGUUGCUCUUGGACUUAAUGCCAUCGUUCCACGUUUGAAGUCUAUUCUGCCUGCCACUAGAAAUAUUUUGGGUCGUUUGGUUCCCUUUGCUGCCGUUGUUUCGGCCGGUGUGGUAAAUGUAUUCUUGAUGCGUGGUGAGGAAAUUAGAAAAGGUAUCGAUGUCACCGAUAGUGAAGGAAAGACAUGGGGACAUUCCAAAUCGGCCGCUUUCAAUGCCGUUGGUGAAACUGCCGCCAGUCGUGUCAUCAACGCAACUCCAAUUAUGGUUAUCCCACCUUUGAUUCUUGUCAAGAUGGAAAAGAUGGGUUUAUUCAAAGGUAAACCAAAGAGAGUUGAAAUCUUGGCCAAUAUCGGGUUGAUCUUCUCAACUUCUCUCAUUGCAUUGCCAUUUGCCUUGGCCAUCUUCCCUCAAAAGAGAGAAAUUGCCGUCGAGAAGUUGGAGCCUGAAUUCCAGAAUUUGACCGACUCUAAGGGGAACAAAAUCAACACCUUAUACUUCAACAGAGGUAUUUAG